AAAUCGUAACAAUCAGUCUGUCAGUGCAGAGGUAGUUCAAACUCCGGAUUAACAUCUUUCUUUUCUUUACUUAUAUGAGUCACGUUGCUUUUUUUUAAUUUUCGUUUCCACUGCGUGCUGACUCAAUUUUGACGUUCAAAAUAUGACGUACAAGGAUACUGCCUAUUUAACUUGCAUCGAGUAAGAAUCCUAAAUCGCCACGUUGGGAAGUUGAAUUUAUCCAUUUAUUUAAACGCUACAAAUGUUUAAGAAUAAGGCUUAUUCUUAAACUUUAUUGUAUAUAGUUCUUGCAGAUGGUCGAAGCCAUAGCCUCAUUUCAGAAAAAAACAUAGCGCAAUAUGUUAAGUUGUCAACAACAAAUGACAGAAAAACAGCUGAUAUUGAUAUCAAAAAUUGCUGAUUAAAUAUUAAAAUGUAUGUCUAAAACUGCGCGAUAGUCUAUUGAAAUUCUGCAUAAUUGUUUUAUAAGCCAAGAUGAUGCUUCGACAUCUAUUUAAACGUCACGUAACAUCAACUGUAAAGUAUUGUAGGUUUUUUUCUAGUUCUAUGGUAUCAGUACCAGAUAUUGAUACAAAUUAUUACUGUUGUCCUAAAAAUACUACCGAAAUUGAGAAGAAUAUUAAAUUAAGGAAGGGUGUAGGUGAUGUACACAAUGUUUUAAAAAUGUAUGAAAUUAUAAACAAAACUCCAAUAACAGACACAUCAUAUACAACUGUUAAGAAUGAUUUGUAUAAAGAGCUUAUAAGUUUACCAAAUAAAACGCAUCCUUCUGUGUUGGAAUAUGUCGAUCCGAAAGUUAUUUUAGAAAUAAACGAUAAAAGAGAUUUCCAAAAACAUGUUCCUCUUGAAUUUAGUGAGAUUACCAGACGUUUGAAUUUAUUAAGAACAGAUAAGUUGGGGCACACAUGUGGACACAAGAGUUAUUAUUUCUUGGGAGAACUCGCAGAAUUAGAAGAAGCUUUGAUUAAGUACACUGUAAAUAAACUUAUUGAGGAAAACUUUGAGCUUGUCUCAGUUCCAGACAUAUUACCUAGGCAGGUCAUAGAAAGUUGUGGAAUGGCUAUAAAUAAUGACCGCACACAGAUAUAUUCUCUAGACCCAGUACAGCAUGGCCCAGACUUGUAUUUGUCAGGAACAGCAGAAAUGUCCUUAGCUGGACUGCUAGUGAAUUCAUUACACUCUGAGGACAUGUUGCCACUCAAACUUGCUGCUGUCAGCAGAUGUUACAGGGCUGAAACAUCUAAUAUUAUAGAAGAGAGGGGAAUAUACAGGGUACAUCAGUUUACAAAGGUAGAAAUGUUUGUGGUAGCAAAACCUUCUCAGUCAGAAAAUAUGCUUGAAUAUUUAAGGACUACACAACAGGAGUUGUUCGAACCAUUGGGGUUCAAUAUGCGAGUCCUUGAUAUGCCUCCACAUGAAUUAGGCGCACCUGCUUAUAGGAAAUACGACAUAGAAGCAUGGAUGCCGGGCCGUAAUAACUAUGGGGAAAUAUCUAGUUGUAGUAACUGCACGGAUUAUCAGUCAAGGAGGCUUAACAUACAGUAUCUCUAUGGUAACAACAAGAGUUAUGUCCACACUUUAAAUGGCACUGCUUGUGCCAUUCCAAGAAUAUUAAUAGCAUUAUUGGAGACUCAUCAAGAUCCUAAAGGGAAAAUUCACAUACCUGAAGUAUUGCAACAGUACAUGAAUGGAAAAAAAAUAAUUACGAAAAAUAAUUUAGUCCCAGAAUUGAAACUAACAAAAAUAAAGAAAUAAUAGAUUU